CGCGUCCCGGCCGGGCUGCGGCGGAGAGAGCGGGGCCAGCUCUGCAGAAGGCGGCGGCUGGCUGCCCGGAACAGUCACAUCCCGCUGCAGGGGCUGGAGAAGGCAGCCGCACUGUCUCCCGCACCCGGGACCUGGGCGAGCCGCCAGGCCGCACCGGCAACGCCCCCUGCUCUCAGACGGACUACGCUGCCAGUCGGAGCUCUGGGGGCUCCGCAGACCCGCGGCCGGCACCCGCUCUGCCUCUGCCCUCUGCCUGGCAGCUCGGCCCCGCGCUGCCUGCCUCGCUGGGCCCGCGCCGGGAUGGGGUAGGAGCAGCGCAACAGAGUCGGGCGAUGGGCCGCCCUCUGGGCACCGAGCAGCCCCCCGAGGCCUGACCCACCGCGAGGACAGGCGGAGGAACCCCGCCUGGAUGUCAAGCAGAUGCCCCAGUUCCCCCCAGCGGACUCGGUGGGGACUAUGGCUUCGCUGAUGCCCCUCUCCCCAUAUCUAAGCCCCACGGUCCUCCUGCUGGUCAGCUGUGACCUGGGCUUUGUGCGAGCAGACCGGCCUCCCUCUCCUGUGAAUGUGACAGUCACUCACCUCAGAGCCAACUCAGCCACUGUGUCCUGGGACGUCCCAGAAGGCAACAUCGUCAUUGGCUACUCGAUUUCCCAGCAAAGACAGAAUGGCCCAGGACAGCGUGUCAUCCGGGAGGUGAACACCACCACUCGAGCCUGUGCCCUCUGGGGCCUGGCUGAAGACAGUGACUACACAGUGCAGGUCAGGAGCAUCGGCCUUCGGGGAGAGAGUCCCCCAGGGCCCCGGGUGCACUUCCGAACUCUCAAGGGUUCUGACCGGCUACCCUCAAACAGCUCAAGCCCAGGUGACAUCACAGUGGAGGGUCUGGAUGGAGAGCGACCACUGCAAACUGGGGAAGUGGUCAUCAUUGUGGUGGUGUUGCUCAUGUGGGCUGCUGUAAUUGGGCUGUUCUGCCGUCAGUAUGACAUCAUCAAGGACAAUGACUCCAACAACAACCCCAAGGAGAAAGGGAAGGGGCCAGAACAGAGUCCUCAGGGAAGGCCGGUGGGGACAAGACAGAAAAAGUCACCAUCCAUCAACACCAUCGAUGUUUGAACGAAGAAACAGAACCAAAAGGGAGAUGCAUUAACAACCUGGGGAUGGGGAUGGGGUCAGGGAGAGUCUAAGAUGGAACUGCCCAAGACUCCCAGAAUAAUGACACUCCCACAGUCUCAGGCCUGGUAGCCAUCCUCUUUCCACUGUGAGCAGAGCCAGAAGGUAGGUCUGUUAGAGUGUGUGUCCCUGGACCUGGGGAGUGAUUAUCAGAUAGAAUAUCUUCUCCUGUCCCCCAGUUCCAGGGAAGAGUCACUUGUUUUACCCUAUCCCAUUAGGUCCCAAAUGGGGGCCCCAUUUCACCUGUAUCAGGACUCUUGGCAUCCCCAGCUGCCCCUAUGUCUUGCCUCUAGGGGUGUUUCUAUGGGUACUUCUCUUCCGUCAGAAAAUAAAAGGAAUCUUUUGGGCCUAGAGGCAGAUGCUGCACUGCACUACUCCAAUGUCUUCCAUGGAGCCUCAGGUGCUCCCCUUCACGUGGCAGCCCCUACAGCUGCUGGUGAUCUCACUUAUUGGACAUUUUUCCAAUAAAGGUUCUUGGACAAACUGGA